AUGAAAGUGCGGCAUUUUGUGAAGAUCACCGUUGCUGUGGCCAUCGGCUACGUUGCCUAUCGUGGUAUGCGAAGUUUUCUUCGUAAUGAUAUCACACUGAGUCUCACGGAGGUGGUGCACUUACUUCCGAGUGAACGCACUAUUGAGAUGGAUGAGGGAACGGAAGUGCAUGGAGAGAUUCAGUGUGAAACGUAUUUGAUGCGCAGUUACCGUUUUCUUAUGAAAUUAACAGCAAACGUGAAGGGAGACAUAGUUGUGCCCAACACUAAAGUACGAUCUCGUCAUCGUGUCAUGCAUGCAACAGAAAAUGGUAGCUAUCGAAACUUGACACAUUCUAUUGGGAGUAAAAAACGAGAUGGUUCUCCCAGCAUUAUUGUGACGAACUUAAAUCCCAUGGUUGAUGGUUGGGAACUUGCAAGCAGUGGAAAUCUAUGUUUUACUCCCGCAUGUAUUGGAGAUGAAGUCCUAUUAUGUUAUGAAGGAACAGUUAAAGCAGGAACGAUGCCUAAUGCGGUGGUAAGAAAUUGUUAUCUUCACCCAGAUGAUACACCAGGCCUAAAGAGACUCGUAUUUGAUCUAGUCGUCUAUGAUGUUGUACACGCCGUGCGGGUAAAUGUCAAGUUACCCAAUCACUAUUGUGAUGUGGUGGCAGUUCAUACGAGUGGUGUUGGUCGUGUUCAUCAGCCCAAUCCACGCAAACCACAUCAUCUCAUGUGGGAAAUUGGCACUGUUGAUGAGACGACGUGGAAGGGUGUGAAUUCACUGGGGCCUGGUGUAUUGCCAGAGGCGCGACUCGCCCGUCGUGGAUUUACGGAUGAUGAUUUAGCCGAAGCCGCACUGCGAAGCAACAAGGAGAUGGAUGGUAGUAGUACGAUGGGGCAUACACACUUUAUAUCCGAUACUGCAGAGUCUCGAUUUGAGGAUACCAUGGAUCGUGACAGUAAAAAGAACAAAAGCAGUUCAAAUGAUUACGAUUUAGGAACUGGUAUGAAUGCUAAUGAAUCCAGCAGUAGUAUGCCCUUUCACCGUGAACGAUCUGGGUUACCAGAAGGUACUCAUCUUCUUAUCGCCAACUUCAUCCUUGUCUUUGAAGAGCCUGAUGGAAUGGAAUAUGACUACGUCUCCAGUGACUCGGAUGUAGAUAAUAUGGAUGAUGAACUCACUUCACAUGAAGUGCAUAACAGUAAAAAGCAUAAAGACGGAAGAGAAAUGUCUCCAACUCGUGGAGGAUCUACCAAAAAGUCUGCAAAACGUGAAGAACGUGCCCGAAAAAAACAACAACUACGACAACGUAGUGUUGAUUCCAUUCUUACCUCAGGAAGAGGGGUUUCCACAUAUCUGCCAGAAGUUGAAUUUUCAUACAGUAUCGCUAGUCUCGCCUCUGGAAUGACGAUACGAAAACUCCAAACAGUGAGUGAGCGACCUAAUUGGGUUCCACGCUCUUUACUUGAUUCUUGGCUGCUGCGAUGGAUGAUUCCAGGUAUUCAUAAACUACGAUUAGGGAAAUAUGCUCACUACACCACGUGGUUCGUACAGCCUGUUGUCAUUUCAACCCUCUGA